GUAGUCAUGGCGGCCUUCCGCGACAUGGAGGAGGUGAGCCAGGGGCUGCUGAGCCUGCUGGGUGCCAACCGCGCCGAGGCGCAGCAACGGCGGCUGCUGAGGCGCCACGAGCAGGUGGUGGAGCGGCUGCUGGAGACGCAAGACGGUGCCGAACAGCGGCUGCGAGAGGUCCUCACUGCGGAGAAGGAGGUGGCCCAGAGCCUCCUCAACGCGAAGGAGCAGGCACACCAGGGCGGCGCCGAGUUGCAGCAGCUUGAAGCCGAGCUUCAGAGGGCCAGCGAGGAGGACGCCCGUCUGAAGGCCAGCCUCCUAUAUCCUUUCCUGUGUCUCAGCAGAGAGCUGGAGGAGCUCAAGGAGAUCGAGACUGAUCUUGAAAGACAAGAGAGGGAGGUUGACGAAGACACGACAGUCACCAUCCCUUCAGCCGUGUAUGUGGCUCAACUUUAUCGCCGAAUUAGUAAAAUUGAGUGGGAUUAUGAAUGUGAGCCGGGGAUGAUCAAAGGCAUCCAUCAUGGCCCCAGCGUUGCUCAGCCCAUCCACCUGGACAGCACCCAGCUCUCCAAGAAAUUCAUCAGCGACUAUCUCUGGAGCUUGGUGGACACAGAGUGGUAGCCAGGAGCCUCUGGGACUGCAUCGUACAGUCCCACACAGUGGGAAUCAGCCCGUGGUGGGUGGU